AUGUUUCCUUUGAGCUCGCAGAAGAAAUUCUGGACUUUUUCAACUGAACAACAACUUAAUGAAUUACGUUUGCAACAAAAUGUUAAUUACAUUAAGGCACAUGGUGCGGAGAUGGAUCAGGAACAACGUGACUCCCACUUCCUCUCGCCCAGUGAAGAACGUAUUCUACUAAAGCAAUAUGAGCUCUAUUUAAAUGACUUUUGUCGGCGGUUCGAGCCACCUAUGCCCAAAUGUGUUGUUGGCACUGCAUUUCAUUAUUUCAAACGUUUCUAUCUGAACAACACACCAAUGGAUUAUCAUCCAAAGGAGAUACUCGCCACGUGUGUUUAUUUGGCUUGUAAAGUCGAGGAAUUCAAUGUAUCAAUUGGCCAGUUCGUGGGCAAUAUAAAAGGUGAUCGCAAUAAAGCAAUGGAUAUUAUACUCUCAAAUGAGUUGUUAAUGAUGCAGCAACUUAAUUACUAUCUAACAGUACACAAUCCAUAUAGGCCAGUUGAAGGUUUCCUCAUAGACAUUAAGACUCGAAGCAAUAUGCCAAAUCCCGAACGCUUGAGACCACAUAUAGAUGAAUUUAUAGAAAAAACAUUCUUUACCGAUGCCUGCCUGCUAUACGCGCCAUCUCAGAUUGCUUUGGCAGCUGUGCUGCAUGCCGCUAGUAAAGAGCAGGAAAAUUUGGAUAGCUAUGUAACAGAGAAUUUAUUUGUAGCGGCGCGGGAUAAAUUGCCAGUUCUGAUAGAAGCUGUGCGCAAAAUACGUUUUAUGGUAAAGACUUACGAGCUGCCGGCGAAGGAUAAAGUAAAAAUUAUCGAAAAGAAAUUGGAAAAAUGUCGGAAUCAGGACAAUAAUCCCGACAGUCAAAUCUACAAAGAGCGCAUGCGAAAAAUGCUUUUCGACGAUGACUUCGACUUGCCACUCCACUCCUCCUAUCACGUUGCUGACUCCAGUGCGGACAUGUCUGUGUUGAAUAUGAGCCAAGAAUGAAUUAUACAUACAUACAUAUAUAUUUGAUGUUAGAAAUGUUAAACAAUUUGCAUUGAUUAGUUAUUUACAUUGUUGAA